AUGUCUGCUUUGUUUGAAUGGGCAUUUGGGAAAAAACUCACGCCUCAGGAAAGGCUUCGAAAGAAUCAAAGGGCACUCGAGAAAACGCAAAGAGAACUAGCGAGGGAAGUGACAAAGCUCCAGAAUCAGGAGAAAACUUUGAUGCUGGAGAUAAAGAAACUGGCAAAGCAGGGACAAAUUGCGAGUGCUAAGAUUCAAGCUAAAGAUCUUGUUAGAACAAAAAACUAUAUUGUCAAAUUCAACCUGAUGAAGGCUCAGUUGCAAGCCAUUUCCUUAAGAAUCCAAUCGGUGAGAAGUAAUCAGCAGAUGGGUAGCUCUAUGCGAGAUGCCACCAGGGUACUUCUGGGAAUGAAUAAGUCAAUGAACUUGCCUCAGCUCUCACGUAUAGCUCAGGAGUUUGCGAAGGAAAAUGACCUCAUGGAUCAGAAGCAGGAGUUCAUGGAUGACGCCAUUGAUGAUGCCAUGGCUGACGAUGAGGAGUUGGGCGAGGAUGAGCAAGUUGACGAAAUUUUGACGAAGGUAUUGGACGAGAUUGGGGUUGAUCUUAACACAAGCUUAAAAGACACACCCAACACCAUUAAUGUGGAGAACGCUCAAAAAGCAGACGCCAGAGUGGCGGAAGCCAUUGGUGGACACAAUGGUGGUCUGGAGGAGGAUGAUCUACAAGCAAGGUUAGAUAGCUUGAAAAAGUGA